CCUUCAUUUUUUGUAACAACUUCUUCAGUCUUAAUUACCUCUAUUUCUCUGCCACCAAAACAAUUCUUGGAAUUUCUGAAAGGCUCUUAAUACGAGGUUUUAGGUCAUUCCCUUUUCAGGGAUUUUCCUCUACUUCUUUUUUAAUAGUACCAUUUUCCAUCAGUGUACUAGUAAAAAGAAUGUGUUUUCUCUUCUCUUCUUAAGCAUUAUGGGAUUGAGUUUUCAUUCAUUCUUUCAUCAACUUUUGUCAAUUAUUCUCACUUUCUCAUCUUAAGAUACCAAAACCUACACUCUCUUAUCCAAUGGCAUGCUCUCAGCUUUUUGUAUUUUGCCAUAGAAAUUUGCAGACAAUCGUCUUUUUACUACUUCUAUUCAUUUCAGGCUUGACACAUGUUAAAUUCAUGGCUGAAGGUAGGACAAUUCUCAAGCUGCAAACUGGGAUUAAUCAGAGGAAAAAUGAAGAGAAGAUGUUAAAGGUGAGAUCUUUAAUAGGUUCAAUGCCACCAAGAUGUGAAGGAAGAUGUAGAAAGUGUGGACCAUGUGAAGCAGUUCAAGUCCCAAUUGUGCCAAACCUCAAACACCAGCAAUUAAGAAGCCAUCAGUUUAAUGCAUUCCCUAAAUUCUUAGCAUAUUCAAGAGGUGAUGGUAUCUCCAAUUACAAACCUAUGUGUUGGAAAUGUAAAUGUGGCAACUUUAUCCUCAAUCCUUGACAUAGCUAGCAAAAGAAUAGAUCCUCUUUUUUUUUUUUUUUUUUUUUGUGUAUGGAGAAAAUAAGUUUCUCUUGAACUGUCUAUAUACAUAAAUAUCAGUUAGCUAGUUUCUGCAGAA